AUGAACGAGUGGAACUUAGACCUGGAAAACUAUAUUCGUGCACCCUCCAAUCGAUGUUGCAGAACUCGAAGAACACCGACCGACGGAGUGGCCGUAACUGGAGCCUCCGCUUCCAGGAAACUCGUCGGGGCGGAGAGGUCGUCAUCUGAGAUGGACUCGGAGAAGACACACUUAGUGAUACCGCCAGAACCUGUACCAGAGAAAGAGACGGAAGCUAGCACGUUGGCACUGCCGAAGAAAUGGUUGAAGAGUGAGAGCGCGACGAAAGCUGUGACGGGGAUGCUUGCUGGACGGAGAAUGUGUCGACAUCGGAGAGUGGGUGGCCGAGAUCGUGGACGAUGCUGGGGAAGGCACACCAAGGAAUUGCGCAUUGCCGGAAUAUUGGUGUACGGAUAA